AUGGUCUGGUAUCCGCUGUCGACGGGGCUUUUGACUGCUUUGUCUGCAGUUGUCGCUGGACCUCUGAAGUUGACAGAAGUGAGAACGUGGAGCAAUGUUUUUUCACUCAUGAUCGAGGACGGCCGUGCGGAGGAUUCUGUUACGUGUUUCGGGCUUAGGGGACAGUGUCGGGCUCGCGGAGGUCGAGAGAUGAGCUCCGAAACCAUGAAGAUUCUAUACGCCGUGCGCCUUUGUCUUUUCCUAUACUGGAUUUCAAUCUUUGCGGUCGUUCAAUCCACGCAUGAGUUCACGAACCAGUUUGCUGUCCAUGUUCCCGGAGGCGCUGAUGAAGCCAAGAAGGUCGCUGCUCGUCACGGCUUCGCCUUCCAUGGCCAGAUCGGAGCGCUGGAGAAUUACUACCUUUUCGAGCACAACCACGUUCACAAGCGUUCGGCCGAACCGAGUGAACAUCAUCAUCAGAAACUGAAUGCGGAACCAGAUGUUGCAUGGUUUGAACAACAAGUGAACAAAAAGAGAACAAAACGUGACUAUGUCCUGCCGGACGUCGAUGAAAUGCCCUGGGAAGCUGCUGGGAUCCUGGAAGAAUCCGAUCGCCUCAAGCGCUUCAAUAGCGGAGUUUCGUUUGGCAGCGUUCCGCAACCGAGUCAUGCAGAUUUCCAGCGUUCCGUUUCCCCCGCUAAUGCAGUCACGGGUUACACCAAUUUUCGAGAUCCCUUCUACACGGAACAGUGGUACUUGGAAAGUCGCUAUUCCAUUGUCGCCUCGUUGAAUUGGACUGCGACUGAUGUAGGGCACGUUUUCAUGACUGUAGUGUUUGCCGGAGGAGCAAGUUCAGAAUUCCCAACCUUCGUUGACGGAACUGGAAUCCAACUCUGUCGAACGACUGAAGGACAUGGCGGCGCUCGCGGAGGCUAUGACAUGAACGUCAUCAGUUGUUGGAAGCGUGGAUACUCGGGCAAAGGAGUAGUUAUCUCUAUAUUGGACGAUGGCAUUCAACGCGACCAUCCGGAGUUGGCACUCAAUUACGACCCAUACGCGAGCUUUGAUAUCAACGACAAAGAUCCCGACCCGAUGCCGCAAGACAAUGGGGAUAACAAACACGGUACAAGGUGUGCCGGUGAAGUAUCCGCAGUUGCGGAUAAUGACGUUUGUGGAGUCGGUAUUGCGUUCAACUCUUCCAUCGGAGGUGUGAGAAUGCUGGAUGGGCCUGUCAAUGAUGCAGUUGAGGCCCACGCAUUGAGUCUGAAUCCUGACCAUAUAGAUAUUUAUUCUGCCUCGUGGGGUCCGGAGGAUGACGGGAAAACAGUUGAUGGGCCGGGGCCACUUGCCAGGCGAGCUUUCAUCAACGGCAUCAUGAAGGGACGUAAAGGGAAGGGAUCUAUAUUUGUUUGGGCAUCUGGAAAUGGAGGGCGCCACGUGGAUAAUUGUAACUGUGACGGCUACACAAAUUCAAUAUUCACGCUGUCCAUUUCAUCCGCAACUCAGAGAGGUUUAAAGCCAUGGUACUUGGAAGAAUGUGCUUCUACUCUCGCAACGACGUACAGCUCAGGCGGCCCUUCUUCAGACAAGAGCGUCGUGACUUGUGACCAGGACGCCAGAUUACGGCCUGAUCGAAUGUGUACAGUGGAACACACAGGCACUUCUGCAAGUGCGCCAAUCGCCGCUGGAAUUUGUGCUUUGGCUCUGGAAGCUAAUCCAAAUUUAACUUGGCGUGACAUGCAGUAUUUGGUUGUCAUGACGUCACGCCCAGAGCCGGUGCUUGGAGAGCGGGGAUGGAUUGUAAAUGGCGUGAAGCGGAAAGUGAGCCACAAGUUCGGCUACGGUAUGAUGGAUGCUGACGCGAUGGUUACUCUUGCGGAGAAGUGGUCAACUGUCCCUUCUCAGCACAUCUGUCAGUCCAGGCCCGAUAAAAAUCAGAGAACAAUACCUGCUAAAUAUGGAGGGAAAAUGGAAGCUUCAAUGUCGCUGGAUGCCUGCGCUGGAACGCUGAACGAAGUUCGUUACCUGGAGCAUGUUCAGUGCAAAAUCUCCCUGAGAUACUUGCCGCGUGGGAACCUGAGGAUUCUGCUGACUUCGCCUAUGGGAACAACGUCGACGCUUUUAUUCGAACGCCCUCGGGACGUCACCAAUGCAAAUUUUGACGAGUGGCCCUUUCUGUCCGUGCACUUCUGGGGCGAAAAGGCAGAUGGUACUUGGGUCCUGCAAAUCAUCAAUGCCGGAGAAAGACGCGUUGCUCAUCCAGGCUUGCUGCGGUCAUGGCAAUUGAUUCUGUACGGAACCGACAUCAAUCCGGUACGUCUGCAUUCAGCAAAUGCGAGAGGGAAGGGCUUAGUUUCGUCGUCCGGCGGAUCGGCGGAAUUUGCAGAAUCAUCUCAAUCCGCUUUCGGCUCGACAGUAGAUCCCUUCCAACCUCCAGUUUCCCCAUAUAUCCGACCCACGAACCCUGCUCAAGAGUUUUCCUCUGGUUUCUUCCAGCUCCGCAGUAGUUUCCCUAAUAUCUUUACACUCUCCGGGAGUUCGAAGGUAAACUCUGCAAAUGUCAGCGAUUUGGCUCUUGACUCUGUUGCUGAAACGACCGUCGUCUUUGACAAGACUGCCUGUCAUCCCGAAUGUGACGGCGGCUGCACUGGUCCUGGUGCGAUGAAUUGCAUUCGUUGCAGAAACGUCCAGUUUAAUAAAGAAUGUUUGAACGAAUGUCCUUUCGGAACAUCCCCCAAUUCAAAUGGAAGUUGCUCGCAGUGCCACGCAUCUUGUAUUUCGUGCACCGGACCUGGAAUCAAUCAGUGUUUGAAGUGUCCCACGGACAAGUAUUAUGUGGCCGAUGAGUCGCUUUGUGUGGUUGUGUGUCCCGAAGGUUAUUUGGCAGAUGAAGGAGCCAAGCAUUGCAUCGCUUGUGGCCCACACUGCUUGUCCUGUGAAAGAUCUGUCGGCACGUGCUCAAGCUGCGAUCAUCAUUUAGUUCUCAUUGAAAAUAAAUGUUCGUCUUCGUGUCCUGUUCCUUUCCUGACACCGAAGGAUGCUCGCGAUGUCAUCCGGGAUGCGCAACCUGUUACGGGAAGAAUGCAGAUCAGUGUUUGUCAUGUCCAGCCUCAUUGUUUCGUUUGGGUUCCACUUGCACUGAGACCUGUCCAGCAGGAUAUCGUCAGCAAGGUUCAGAUUGUGUCGAGUGUUCUGCGGGUUGUGCUCGAUGCCGUAACCUCGAUGAGUGCCUCAAAUGUUCUGAAGGACUACAUAGACAAGGUGGUUCAUGUAAAGUUUCAUGCGAGUCAGGAAUGUGCAAAAGGUAGUUUCGCUACUGACGUGGAUGGCUUGAAGAUCUGUGCGAAGUGUCAUCGCUCGUGUACGGAAUGCAGAGGUCCGAAGAUUACAGAUUGCUCAGCAUGUCCACCGAAUGUCUCUCUGAAUGCCGGAAUCUGUUCUCCUUGCACUGGAUCGCAGUACUACGAUCAGACCUGCAACGGUCCGGACGAGUUCAGUUGUUCAUCAUGCCUGAAACCGCUGACUUUGGAUCCCCAGCAGGGUAGAUGUGUCCCUUGCUGUUCGCCGCGUUCUCAAAGUGGCUGUUGUCAGUGUGAUAGUAGCGGAGGUUGUGUGAACCCUGAGCACCACACGAGGUAUGCUUACGAUCCAGCUGAGCGACUCAUUCACGAUCAAAUACCGCAAGAGCAGUCUUCCUUUUCCACGCCUGGCGUCAUAGCUGCUGUGUUCGUUCUAGCAUUCGCCGUUACAGGUGUCUACGUAAUAUACCGAAAGGUCCGAAGUCGAGCGAGCAAAUAUACGUAUCAUCAACUGCCCGUCAACGCCCGGUCCAAGUCGAAUUUGCCAGUGAGCGACCUCUCGUGGAAUCCGAACAACGGGAGUGACAUUCGCUUCGGCGGUUUGGAAUCGGAAGAAGAGCUAGAACAAUUAGAGUUCAUCAAAGCUUGAGAUACUCAUGGACGUAUUCGCUGAUUAGCAUUGACGGGAACGAGAAAACAAAAAUUCAUCAAAAUUAUGGCAGCAAUAUUGUGGUCGUCGCAGCGGCUUCGAGUCUAAAAGAUAGCUUGAGUCUCAUACCAGUGUUUAUUUUCUGGCGUUUGACGCGUUAGGCUUGAAUUUUAUAAUGAACAUAGACAGGCUAAAUUACUUUCUCCUGAAGGUAAUGCACGGGCUGCGAUGCGCACGACGGCGCGAGAGUAUUUUUUUUAUACUGGUGAAGAGUGUUUGUUUGAAAAUCGUGCGAAUCAAAGGACGGUAUGUUAUUUUCAAUCGGUGUGAAGAUCGGUGUUUUUGAGCCGAUCGAAGAGUUGUGCUAUUUUUCACCAGCAUUCGACAUCAUUCGUCUGUUGGAAAUGUUUUUUUUUUUUGCAUCGGGUGAUAAGUGGAACGUUGGAAUUAAUCGAUGCAUUUUGGGUGAAAGUUAUAAAGUAGGGGUUUCCGUGUCUUGUCACAUCUUGCGCAUGUGUACCUUCGUUGAGUGUCGUUCCAUGUGGCGCCUCUUUGUUCACAUACUUUUUUCGAGUGUGGGGCAUUAGAAUGAUAGGUUCCAACAUUUUGUUCGUCUGUUCACGGUUUUCUGCGUGCAACUCGUUUGUGGACCGUUAGAAUUUAAAAUGAACCCAAUUCAUACGGUUUAUGCCCGACUUAGCUGCGCAUGUGGGUUGUUUCACAGUUCGAGUUUCUUCGUCGCUCUUCCCCUCUACCCCUUGAUCUUGGAAAAAUACAUUCCUGAUACAGUC